GCGGAGAGGCGCGGAGGAGCCGCGGGUGGCCGCCGCCACGGCCGCCUCGGGAGGUGAGGCGGGGCCAGGGAGCGCCGGGGCCACCGUCUGCUCCGCUCGGGCGGGAUGCUGCGCCGCCCCGCGACGGGGACAGCGACUAGGACCCCUAGCUUACGGCCCCCCAGAGUCCGUGCUCCGCGUCCGCCGCUCGGAGCGGGCACACUGGCUCGGGCGCCCGCGUCCCGCAGGCCCCUCUGCUCGGGCGCCGGGUGGCGUGGGGGGCGCGCCGGAAGCGGAGGGUCCCUGGCCCGAGAGGGCGGGUGCCGCCGGCGCCGCGCUCGGCCCGGGAGGCGUCGGGAGUGGCGAGUGAUGGCGAGCGAGGGAUGGGGCCGACUCGGAGGAGUCUUUUUGAGGCUGCGGGUCGGAAGAGGGAGUCUGACACUAGAGCUCCGGGUGGCGGUUGCUGCUGGUUUGCUAUUUUAGUCUUUUGUUUCAGAAUAUUUGCAAGACUCCGGAGUCUCCAAGCUGUGAUUAAUUGGAUGGUUCCUGAAUUGACUGGGAAGGCUGAUGCUUCAGGGGCCAAUUGAAGAGUGUGUGUAUAUGUUUAUUUAAAACCUCCGUUCUGUACACGCACAUUUACACAAGAAGACAGGCUCAUUCUUGUGCAUACUUGAGAGCUUUGCAACUGAUGAAAAUUAAUUUAAGAAUCAGAUGGAGCAACUUGACACCACUGGGCUCAGGAGCCCAGGGAGAAAAAUACAUCACUAAUGGCCAAUUUUCCAUAUGGUCUUCACGGGUAAAGAAAGUUUGCAGAAAGAAGAAAAAAAAAUUUGCACAGAUCAAGCCUCAAAAAUACCUCUCCGGAUAUAAAGAAGGAACUAAGCAAGAGGGUGACUGUGGAGAAGUGUGAUUUCAAGCAUUGCAGGUGGGAUCAUGCAGUGUUUUUUGCACUUUGUUUUUCUGUGGGUUUGAUGAUUUGGACAGACUUAAAAAUUCUAAAGUGAAAAGUAACUAUUACUGUGUGGUUAUGACUGGAGGAAAGCAAGUUCAGGUAUGCUGGGACAAGUUUGAACAUGAACUAAUUCCUUUGCCUUUUUUAGUUAACUAUAUUUGAAAAAUUUAAUUUAUUAUUUCUGUUUUGCUUUCCUACAUCUAUAACAUAAUAUCUUAAAGUAGCAAUUGAAACCAAUAAUUACAAAGUAAAUAUCAAGGAAAAUCCAAGCAAAGUUCCCUUUUUCUUGGACUAUACAUAUGGCAUUUGGAAACAAUCUCUGAAUGUGAGUGGGAAAGUGCCCAUCAGAAAAACAAGAUAACCUUUAGGGAAACAGUGGAGGAAGAUUCUGACUCUUGAUGUGUUUUCGCUGUAAGGGAUUAUCUUCCCUGUUAAAUCCAAGAAGACUUGCAUAUGAGAGGAAGAUUACUUUAUGGACUUAAUUUUAAGAUUGGCUUUUUUCAUCAAAACGGAAAAAUACGUUAUCUUUAGGAGCAUAAAAGGGGAAAAGUAACUGGGAUAGGGAGGAAGGAAACAGGAGAAAGAGAAAUAAAAUCCCGAAGCCUGGCUCUGUUUUGUUAACUAAAGGAUUUAGGAUUCAUCUGAGGCAGACAUUUUGACUACUUGAAAGAAAGGCUUUAGAACAUUUCUGGUUCUGCUAAGUGAAGGGGCUUUCUUCCUACACCUCUAUGGCCCUGAGAAGUGAGCCAGCGUGCGGAGGAGUGGUGAGUCGGAUCACAGAAUUCCCAGUGGACGUGACAACUGGCUGUGAGCACGGUGCCUGGCUUUGAGUUGGGGAAACCCUAGAACCCAGGGAAUAAUUUGGUUCUGAACAGUGGGCAAAGAGUCUUCUUCUCCCUAAAAUUUGGACUUCUGUCUGCACAAACUCUGGUCUGUUUGCACAGUUUGUGUGCCUUUUUUUUCCCUUUAUGCAAUCUUUUUCAGCUUUAGCAGCAGCAAUUUAUCUAGUUCAGAAAACAUGCUAGAGGGUGGCUUCUGAAGAAAGGUGAUUAUAUAUAUUCUGUUUCUGCAUCUGAACUUUGGAAGAGAAAAUUCCAGCUAGAGGGAUUCUUAAAGCCUUAAGUUACUUGAAAUCUAUGUAUUUGCAACUCUGUCUUUGGAAUCAUAUUACACUAAACUGGAAUCUCAGGCUGAAUGAGAAUAACCAAGUUGAGCAAAAAGAAGACAAAUCUGUUUCUUGAUCCCACUUAAUUAACGAUGCUCUUUCUCCAAAGGAUCAGUGCACUCUUCCUCUAAGGACUUGAAUAUACAAAUGGACCCAACUUUUUUUGUUUAAACAUUACUUUUCUUAGCAGACUGCCAUCAUCUUUUAUAGAAGAAUUUUUUCACUAUGCAUUUUGGUGGAUCUUUAUAAAAUACUGACCUUCUAAUUGGGUCCAGGUCAGUCUUAAUUCAAGGAAGUUAAAAAAAAAAAAAAGGCAACACAAGCCAACCACAAAAUUAAAAUAAAGAAAUAGAUCAAUGAAAGAAAUUACUUUAAAUUUCUCAGUGUUACGCAUUACAUAUUGAGUGAAACAGUUAAUAAGAAAGAGUAUGUAUGCAGCAGUGGAACAUGGGCCUGUCCUGUGCAGCGAUUCAAACAUCCUCUGCCUCUCCUGGAAGGGUCGAGUCCCCAAGAGUGAGAAGGAGAAGCCCGUGUGCAGGCGGCGAUACUAUGAGGAAGGAUGGCUGGCCACAGGCAACGGACGUGGUGUCGUCGGGGUCACCUUUACCUCGAGCCACUGCCGCAGGGACAGGAAUACUCCACAGAGAAUAAACUUCAACUUGCGGGGCCACAAUAGUGAGGUGGUGCUGGUGAGGUGGAAUGAGCCAUACCAGAAACUGGCCACCUGUGAUGCAGACGGAGGGAUAUUCGUCUGGAUCCAGUAUGAAGGCAGGUGGUCUGUGGAACUGGUCAAUGACCGUGGGGCUCAGGUGAGUGACUUUACCUGGAGCCAUGAUGGGACUCAAGCACUUAUUUCAUACCGUGAUGGAUUUGUUCUUGUUGGUUCUGUCAGUGGGCAAAGACACUGGUCGUCUGAGAUCAACUUGGAGAGUCAGAUAACAUGUGGCAUAUGGACUCCCGACGACCAGCAGGUGCUGUUUGGCACUGCGGACGGGCAGGUGAUCGUCAUGGACUGCCACGGCAGGAUGCUGGCACAUGUCCUCCUGCACGAGUCUGACGGCAUCCUCAGCAUGUCCUGGAACUACCCCAUCUUCCUGGUGGAGGACAGCAGCGAGAGCGACACUGACUCGGAUGACUACUCCCCUCCCCAGGAUGGUCCAGCAGCUUAUCCUAUCCCAGUGCAGAAUAUCAAGCCACUCUUCACUGUCAGCUUCACCUCAGGAGACAUCAGCCUGAUGAGCAACUAUGAUGACUUGUCUCCUACUGUCAUCCGUUCAGGACUGAAAGAGGUGGUGGCCCAGUGGUGCACCCAGGGAGACUUGCUGGCAGUUGCUGGCAUGGAGCGACAAAGCCAGCUGGGUGAACUUCCCAAUGGUCCUCUUCUGAAGAGUGCCCUGGUCAAGUUCUAUAAUGUCCGUGGGGAACACAUCUUCACACUGGAUACGCUCGUGCAGCGCCCCAUCAUCUCCAUCUGCUGGGGCCACCGGGACUCACGGCUGCUCAUGGCCUCAGGGCCAGCCCUGUACGUGGUGCGUGUGGAGCACCGGGUAUCCAGCCUGCAGCUGCUGUGCCAGCAAGCCAUUGCCAGUGCCCUGCGAGAAGACAAGGACGUCAGCAAGCUGACCCUGCCACCCCGCCUCUGCUCCUACCUGUCCACUGCCUUCAUCCCCACCAUCAAGCCCCCAAUUCCAGACCCCAACAACAUGAGGGACUUUGUCAGCUACCCCUCAGCUGGCAACGAACGACUGCACUGCACCAUGAAGCGCACAGAAGACGACCCGGAGGUGGGUGGCCCAUGCUACACGCUCUACCUGGAGUACCUGGGUGGGCUUGUGCCCAUCCUCAAGGGACGGCGCAUCAGCAAGCUAAGGCCGGAGUUCGUCAUCAUGGACCCGCGGACAGACAGCAAACCAGAUGAAAUCUAUGGAAACAGCUUGAUUUCUACCGUGAUCGACAGCUGCAACUGCUCAGACUCCAGUGACAUUGAACUGAGUGAUGACUGGGCUGCCAAGAAAUCUCCCAAAAUCUCCAGAGCUAGCAAAUCACCCAAACUCCCCAGGAUCAACAUUGAAGCUCGGAAGUCCCCAAAGCUGUCCCGGGCUGCUCAGGAGAUAACCAGGUCCCCUCGGUUGCCAAUGCGGAAGCCCUCCAUUGGCUCGCCCAGCCUGACGCGAAGAGAAUUUCCAUUUGAAGAUAUCACUCAGCACAGCUAUCUUGCUCAGGUCACGUCUAAUAUCUGGGGAACCAAAUUUAAGAUUGUGGGCUUGGCUGCUUUCCUGCCAACCAACCUCGGUGCAGUAAUCUAUAAAACCAGCCUACUGCAUCUCCAGCCACGGCAGAUGACCAUUUAUCUCCCAGAAGUCCGUAAGAUUUCCAUGGACUAUAUUAAUUUACCUGUCUUCAACCCAAAUGUUUUCAGUGAAGAUGAAGAUGAUUUACCAGUGACAGGAGCCUCUGGUGUCCCGGAGAACAACCCACCUUGUACCGUGAACAUCCCUAUUGCUCCAAUCCACAGCUCGGCCCAGGCGAUGUCCCCCACUCAGAGCAUAGGCCUGGUGCAGUCCCUGCUGGCCAACCAGAAUGUGCAAUUGGAUGUCCUGACCAAUCAGACAACAGCCGCAGGGACAGCUGAGCACACCGCCGACAGUGCCGCACAAUACCCAGCCUCCAACCGCUACUCCAGCCCCGGGCAGGUGAUCUUUGGAGGUGUGGAAAUGGGCCGCAUUAUUCAAAGCCCACCUCAGUUGUCUCUGCCACCACCGCCACAGGGGGCAAUGCAGCUGUCCAUCAUGGACCAUGGAGACCGAGACCACGAGCACCUGCAGAAGGCAGCCAGGACCCUGCGGCCCACCCCCCAGCUGGCAGCAGAGGGGGAUGCGUUGGUCUUCAGUGCUCCCCAGGAGGUCCCGGUGAAUAAGAUGAACCCUCCACCCCCUUACCCAGGAACCAUCCCUGCUGCCCCCACCACAGCCGCACCUCCUCCCCCGCUGCCUCCGCCCCAGUCCCCUGUGGAUGUCUGCUUGAAGAAGGGCGACUUCUCCCUCUACCCCACAUCGGCACACUACCAGACCCCACUGGGCUACGAGAGGAUCACCACCUUCGACAGCAGCGGCAACGUGGAAGAGGUGUGCCGGCCCCGGACUCGGAUGCUCUGCUCCCAGAACACCUACACCCUCCCGGGCCCAGGCAGCUCUGCCACCUUGAGGCUCACAGCUACUGAAAAGAAGAUCCCACAGCCCUGCACCAGUGCAACCCUGAACCGGCUGACGGUGCCUCGCUACUCCGUCCCACCAGGGGACCCACCCCCUUAUCCUGAAAUUGCUGGCCAGCUGGUCCAGGGGCGGGCUGCCGUGCAGAGCCAGGAUAGCAGCCUCAUCCAUGCCACCCUGCGGAGGAGCAACCGUGAGACCGCCCUCAGGAUGGCUCAGCUUGCAGACGGCCAGCGAGCCACCCUGCAGCACCCACCGAAGCCCAGGAGCAGUGUGAUGGCAGCUCAGUUCCCAGUGCGGCCCCUGCCAGCCCUGUACACCUGUAGCCAGUGCAGUGGUGGCCCUGGAGGGGGCGGGGCCAGCGGGGGCAGUGGCAGCUCGUCUGGCGUGGGCCUGGGCAGUGGCCUGGCAGGCGGCAGUGUGCGGCCAGACCUCAGUGCAGGGGCCAGCUCCCAGCCUGGCUCGGCCUUGGCACACUUGGUCAGCAGCCCCCCCUUGACCUCACAGUCCUCCUACAGUCUCCUGAGCCCGCCUGACAGCUCUCGGGACCGGAUGGACUACGUCAACUCAGCCUUCACUGAGGAUGAAGCUCUGUCCCAGCACUGUCCAGUCGAGAAGUCCUUGAGGCACCCUACACUAACUGAAGCAGCUGUCACCAUGAAACGGCAGCCCCCUUACCAGUGGGACCCUGUGCUGGGUGAGGACGUUUGGGUUCCUCAGGAAAGGACAGCACAGACGCCAGUGCCCAACCCCUUAAAACCGCCCCCUCUGGUGAUAGGUCAGAGCCAGCACCUGGAGGUGUCCCGAGUGCCCUUUGCUUCCCCCAAGUCCCCAGCCAGCCCUACUGCCACUUUCCAAACAGGCUAUGGGAUGGGAGUGCCAUAUCCAGGAAACUAUAAUAACCCCCCUUUGCAGGGAGUGCAGCCUCCCUGCUCCCCAAAAGACACCCUGUCCCCAAUGCAGUUUGCACAACAGGAGUCUGCUGUCGUCCUUCAGCCAGCAUACCCCCCCAGCCUCUCCUACUGCACCCUGCCCCCCAUGUAUCCAGGAAGCAGCACCUGUUCUGGUUUACAGCUGCCGCCUAUUGCCUUGCACCCGUGGAAUUCCUACAGCGCGUGUCCUCCCACGCAGAGCCCCCAGGGCACGCUGCCCCCCAAGCCACACUUAGUGGUGGAGAAGCCCAUUGUGUCCCCACCUCCUCCCGACCUCCAAAGCCACCUGGGUGCAGAGGUGAUGGUAGAGACUGCAGACAGCUUCCAGGAAGUUCUUUCCCUGACAGAAAGCCCCAUCCCCCAGCGGACUGAGAAAUUUGGAAAAAAGAACCGGAAGCGCUUGGAUAGCCGAGCAGAGGAAGGAAGUGUUCAGGCCAUCACAGAGGGCAAAGUGAAGAAGGAGGCCAGGACUUUGAGUGACUUUAAUUCCCUUAUUUCCAGCCCCCGCCUGGGGAGGGAGAAGAAGAAAGUGAAGAGUCAAAAAGACCAGCUGAAGUCAAAGAAGUUGAAUAAGACCAGCGAGUUUCAGGACAGCUCAGAGAGUGAGCCUGAACUGUUCAUCGGUGGGGACGAGCUGAUGAACCAAAGCCAGGGCAGCAAAAAGGGGUGGAAAAACAAGAGGAAUUUGAGGACAGCCAAUGAGCUAGAUGAGUUCAAGUGCCGGAAAGCGAAUGAGAAGGAAGACGGGCGGCUAGGCAGCCAGGGCUUUGUGUACGUGAUGGCUAACAAGCAGCCACUGUGGAACGAGGCCACCCAGGUGUACCAGCUGGACUUUGGAGGGCGGGUGACCCAGGAAUCAGCAAAGAAUUUCCAGAUUGAGUUGGAGGGGCGGCAGGUGAUGCAGUUUGGAAGGAUCGACGGCAGUGCAUACAUUCUGGACUUCCAGUACCCCUUCUCCGCUGUGCAGGCCUUUGCCGUGGCCCUGGCCAACGUGACUCAGCGCCUCAAGUGAGAAGACCAGUGCGAGGAGGAGAGAGAGAUUCAGAGGAGCUUUUCAGAGGUCUGGUCCUGAGAUGCCAGAGGAUCCUGCCCAGGCCGGGGGUGCCUGGGAGGCCCAGAGACAGCUCAAAACUGGAAAUGUCUGUUAGGCCCCAGGGGAGGGCACGGAAGUGUAAUCAUUUUCAUUUAUUUGGAACUUUAUUAUUUUUUAUUGUCUUUCUUUUCUUCUUCCUUUUAAACAAAAACAAAAUACAGUAGACUGGUGUUAGGAAGCAAAGGAUGCGAGCCACCUGGUGUUCUUUUAGGAAAUUUUGCUUUGGUUUUUGGUAAUGGUUCUGCUGGGUUUGCUUAUGGUUCCACAGGGAAAAGGGCCCUUUAGAAUUAGGAUAGAUUGCCUCGGAGCCAGCUCUUCUAGACAUGGUGAGUGUGCGUUAUUUUUCAUUCUCUACAACAUCUAGUUUGUAUUAUUCCUGCAACAUCACCACUAGUGUAAAAACUAAAAACUUUAAAAAAAAAAAAAAACACAUCCAAAAAUCCUGAAGAUACAGGUUCUUUUGGGGCAGCAGUUAGUUUACACAUAUUCUCUUAGCCCCCAAAAGGCGACUUGAUUAAUGAAGGGUGUUUUGGCAAAUGCACUUGUUUGAUUAAUAAAAGUAGGCCUUUUACAGGGGUGCUCCUACAGGUAUGAACACAGUCACUUGAGGGUGUGGAGGGAAGGGACCACGGGCGAGCGCAGGGCCGCCACAAGUUGAGGCACAUUCACAGGGCUCUGCGCUCACGCGGGUGCUUUUGUAGUGUGGCGUGGACAGUACAAGGGCUACACCCCUCUUCUGAGGAUGUUUACAUUGAAAGACUCCACUAGUUUUAUAAUUCAUCAAAAUGCCAUAGGUUUUCUGAUGAUCAUUCACUAUGAUUGACUUUGGGAGAAAGUAGAGACAAAAAUGGUAAGACCCUGGCCAGGCGGGGGAGAAGACAGUGAUUGUCUCAGCUGGUGCUGUGGUAGCUCACCAGGUACCCUCUUGCUGAGAAACAACCUUUAACACACACACACACACACACCCUUAUUUUUUAAUCUAGAAAAUCUUACUUUUGUUCCAGUUACAGUUCCUGGACUCACUUUCCCAUCAGAUAUCACUGUUCUACACUUGCUAAAACUGUUGAUAGUACUUGAUUUGAAACCGUUUCUUCCCUCUUGCCAGCUGCAUUAAAGCUCACUUGACUGGAAA